GCUGAGAGCGAGCGGAUCCUCGACAUGACCGGCCGGAGAAUGCGGGCUGCAUCGGUGCUCGGCGUCAUCGCCAUUGUCUCCGUCAUGAUCACCGCCGCGGCGUCAGAGCCGGAGAACGGCGCCAUCGAGAACAGUAUCAAUCAUCCUGUGGUCGACGAGGAGGAUCGACGCGUGGAGGAGGACGAAAGGCUGACGAAGGUGACCGUGGAGACGACUUGGACGGUUCGAGGGAGCAAGGAGGAGGCCGUUAGCGAGGGUACGAUACCUGGACAGGGGGAUAACGCGGGUAACAUCUCGCUGGCGGAGCCGCAGCAGGAUCAAAGCGAGUCGUUGGCUACUCCCGUGGCGCUUAACGACGUCCAGAGGAUAUCCGAGCGCGACAAGCCCGAGAACAAGCCGCAGCCCACUACGGGGGAUUACGUUACCUCGACCAGAGCGGAAACCACGUUCAGCACCGAUAUUCAGGGCGAUACUGCCACGGACGAGCCCGCGAGCGUAAAAAUUAGCGCCGGGGAGCCGGACAAACACAAGAUCGCGGAGGUCGUUGCCUCGACGGCGGUCUCGAUCGACGCGGGUACGAGCCCCGUCGUCCAGAAGAACAUAGAGGACGUUAGGGCGAUCUCGUUCCAAGUCCCACCCCCGGCGGAGGAACGCCUCGUCAACCAGGAAACGAACAAGGAUCAUUCCAGGCCGCUGAACAAUCUUCUGUCGAGCGGCAAGUCCACCAAAGGUUUCUACGAGAUCAAGCCGCUGAUCAAGACCGGGACGGAGGACGAUCGCGAUCCCCAGCUAUCGACCACCACCCAGAGAACGCUCGUGCCCGUCAGAAAAUUCCUCGUGCCCACCGUGGACAGCGCCUUCGGGAAAUUCGGACCGUACUUCGAGGACGGCGAGCAGGAGAUCAACGUCACCUCCAGGAUAGGGAACACUAUGCUGCUCGACUGCAGAAUCGGCAUGCUAGGAAACAAGGAGGUGGCGUGGCUGCAACAACACAGCAACGACUCUUUUCGACUCCUCACGAUCGGCAGGGCCACCCACAGCGUGGAUCGACGGAUCAGCCUCAAUUUCAAGUACCCGAGCAAUUGGAGGCUACAGAUACAAUACGCGACCCCGAGGGACUCGGGACUCUACAAGUGCCAAAUCUCGACUCAUCCGCCGUUGGUUAAAAACAUCAACGUCAUCGUCACGGCGCCGGAAUUGACGAUAACGGACGAUUCCGGGCGAGUAGUGCCUAAAGAGAGACACCUAAAGGCUGGAAGCGCUCUGAAGCUUAGGUGCGAGGCCAGAGACGUCCUCGAGGACCUCAAGGAGUCUGUCAUGUGGACCAGAGGGGAUGAAACGCUCACCGAAGACGUCAGCGAGAACAGAACGACGGAGAUCACGGGCAGCAAGGAGGUCCUGGUGAUCGUCAGCACCCUGAUCGUCGAGAGAGCCAGCCCCAGACACGCUGGCAACUAUAGCUGCGUGGUUCCCGAAAAAGCCAACACCACCAUCGCGGUACACGUACUGAACGGGGAACUGCCGGCCGCGGUGCACGACGGGAACGGAGUCUCAAGGGCGUUUCUGAACCUGUGGCUAAUUCACUUAACGAUGAGUUACGUGUUCUCCAGAUGA